AUGACCGGCGACCUGUCACACCGGUAAGAGUGGUAAUGGGGGCCGCAAUUCUACUCUGUAUUAGACUGGAGAGCCAGCGCUCCUAUUCUGGCUCGAAUCUGCCGCAGGGCAUGCGACGCAUGAUAGACUCAGACAGAUUACAUAAAGCUCUACUUCUUUACUUGAGCUAUCGCCUGCAGUCAACCGAUUGAACUCGUGACAUACGCACAGUAAACCCGACCAGUAGUAUCACACUCUUAUCGACGUUUUGUCCUGAUUAGCAGGUGCCUUCUAGGCUGAAGCUGAGAUUUCAACCUGCAAACCGCCCGAUGUCUGGUCGGAUCCCCUCAAACAGCACACCUCCGUCGUUCAAGCUUUGGUCGCCGGCGGUGGAUUUUAUAGAGAACAGGAUGUGGCAGUAUCACCCCGCAUUCAACACGCAAGGCUUCAGUUACAGCCCAAGCCAGGGUCAAUUUGUUGCGGUCGCUCCAGUGCCCACAUCUCGAGCCUCGUCGAGUCUCGCACUACCCAAUGUGUCCACACCACCUCAGCCCCGGCCAUCACCGCAGUCUAUCAAUGACAUGGAGUUUUGGAGCGAGGUGUUUCCCAGAGCGAUGAAGCAGCUGAAAGCAACUUCGGCGUCAGGACAGGGGAGUUCCCGCGAUUGGGGCAUUCGACAUCUCUCAAAUUGGCCUGAUGUCCAGGCCAAGCUCGAAAUGGCGCGGAGGGAUUACGAUUUUGAUCACGACCAGCAACACGUUGGGAAGUUUCGCAAGAAAGUGCGCGGUGCACUCGACAAGAGUGCUGUACCUCUUCAGCAGGCUGUGAAACUUAUUCCCUCUGGAGACGUGGCGUCACCGAUAACUAAAGUGGCAGAUCUACUGUUGGAUGCGUAUCGUCAAGCUGCUGAAGUACGGAACGAUGUCGCCAUCGGAUUUGACGACCUCCCUGCGUUCUUUGCUUCAGCGGACCUCUACUUCAAAAUCUAUCCAGGGGACCAAAACAUUCUCAAGGCUUCGAUCGAUUUUGUGCUUGCAACCCUUCAAGCCAUUGAAGAAGCAGUCAAGUUCUAUACGAGCAAACAAGCUAAGCGCGCUGGACUUGCGAUACUCACAGGCCCGCAAUAUCAAGAAAAACUCUCUAAAAGCCUCGUUGAGAUGAAGUCUUCUGCUGACAAACUCGUGAGUCAAGCACGCGACUCCUUCCAACAUCGGGUGAUUGCAGAUGGCAUGCAGAAUCGCCAGUUGCACGCAGCGACUAGACAGCAAAACGGGGCCACUCACCAAGCUCUUAUGGCAAUAUAUCAGCAAGGACAGGCCGGUGCAACUGAACUGGCAUGGAUGCGGAACAUGUUGAACGCAGUACUUGGUCUACUUGAGGAUAAGACGAACAAUUGGUUACCCUGCUCACCAAUCCCGUCCAGGCCCACAACGCCCAUGCCGCAGGAGGCGCUACCUUGGACUCCUCAAGAUCUCUGGGCCCAACUUCAAAUUCCAAACAUCGAUGAGACCGACUUACAAAAAGCUCUUAACAGCGCUGCGGAUGUAUUAUUUGCAGAUCGCAGCCGGGCCGAGCAAAUGAUCGAAACCCACCACUUCCGGAACUGGAUAACAAGUGCUGGAUCAGCUCGUCUGCUGGUACAUGGAGAUUUCGAUCCGACGAACCGUACCUCGCCGUUCACCAUCCUUUGUGCAACGAUUGUUAAAGGCUUGAGAAUGUCGCCCGGAGUCGUGAGCCUGGUGUUCUUCUGUGGAUAUCAUCUUCGGAGGGAUGAGCAUCGGGGUGGUGCGAGUAUGAUCCGUUCGCUCAUCGCGCAACUACUCCGGCAGUUUCCUUCUCCUGCCAUUGAGCCUGAUUCUAAUCUGUCGACGAACGAUAUCGCUCAGGGACAUAUCAGCUGUCUUUGCAAACUCUUCACUCACCUUAUACGAAAACUACCGCCGAAGACGACGGUAUUCUGUUUUAUCGACGGGAUCAACGAGUAUGAAAGGGAAGCCUACCUGCAUGGCAUGGAUGAAGUAAUUGUCUCGCUCUCGAACCUCGUCGAUGACGACAGCCGCGCAAGAUUAAAGCUACUUCUCACAAGCCCACAGCCAACUGUGGAAGUGAGGAGGGCUUUUGAUGACGAGACUUUGCUUCAUAUGCACCAACUGCCUCUGAUUGAAGAGGAAAUGAGCUAUGCAAGACUCCAAGAGCGCCUCGCCCCUGGGGUUGAGACUGGAGCAGAGACUGAUUCUGAUUGAUCGAGUUCUCCUAGCACCUACUUGCUUGUAUCAUUAGACUAAAUAUACCACAUGGAGAUGGUGGGCACUGAAUAUCCAUCGACUAUUGCACAAAGCACCAGAAGAGUGAUAAAUAGAGAUUGAACAAG